AUGAUUUGGGGUUUCUUCUUGUCCUUGAGAUUGGAGACUGCAAAGCGGUUUUUCGAGGACAUGAAAUGUAGAGGAAUUAGUCCUGAUGUUGUCACCUAUAACACGAGGAUUAAUGGGUAUAAUCAGUUUAAGCUGAUGGAUGAGGCCGAGCAGUUGUUUGUAGAGUUGAAGGGAGCUCGCUUGAGAAGUCAAUUAGCAAGUGAAGGGAUAAGAGAUUGGAAACCUCUUGGUACAACAUUAAAUUUACAUGAAAACAGUUUUGAAUACCUCAUUAGCUUGAGAACUUGGGCUGAGUUGCGAGUGAGAUUGAAUAAGAAUCAAACAAUUGAUAAAGAGUUACAAGAGUUAAUUAAGAAAGAUACUGAACAUUGGAAAGAGGUUAUGGUCAGAAUAAUUGCUGUUGGGAAAUGUCUUGCAAAUAAUAAUUUGGCCUUUCAUGGAACAAAUGAAAAAACUUAUGAAGAUUCUAAUGGAAACUUUUUAGGCUUACUUGAAAUGAUUGCUGAGUUUGAUCCCAUAAUGAAGCAACAUUUUCGACUUAUUCAAGAUAAAGAAAUUCAUUAUCAUUAUCUUAGCCAUAAAUUUCAAAAUGAGCUGAUUGGGCUUUUUAAUGAAUUACAAGCAGGUUUAAAAUCUCUUGAUUUAGAUAUUGAUUGUGUGCGAGGACAAGGCUAUGAUAAUGGAUCUAAUAUGAAAGGAAAACACCAAGCUGUUCAAAAAAGAUUGCUUGAUAUAAAUCCUAGAGCCUUUUAUAUGCCGUGUGGUUGUCAUUCUCUUAAUUUACAUGACAUUUUGUAUAAAAUUAACUUGGUUAGUAAAAAGUUACAAUCCAAAGAUAUGCUUCUUGAUGUUGCCUUGAAGAAUUUAGAGGGAUUGGUUUCUUAUUUUGAAAAGUAUAGGGAAAAUGAGUUUAAUUCUACCAUGACUGAAGCUAAAGAAAUUGCAAAUGACAUGGGAGUUGAGCCUUUAGCUUAUUUGGAUGAUGAUGAAUUGAAAAGCUGUUGUUUGAAUCUUGAAACUGCUUUGAGAAAUGGUGAGGGUUCUGAUAUUGAUGCAAAAUAUUUGCUUAUGGAGUUACAAAUUUUGCAGAAGAUGUUGCCGAAGGAGGCAUAUGAAACAAAUAGGGCUUGGACAUCCAUUCAAAUUAUGGAGUUUGCAAAGAAAAUGGAUAUGUUUCCAAGUGUUAUGGUUGCCUAUAGGUAA